AUGUCUGACGAAGUGCAGGAUGGCCCUGAUGCGUCGCUUUUCACAGCGACCGGAGAGAAAUGGAACUACCCCCGUUCCAACAUAUGGAAAACCCUAGCGACUUUCUGGAGCUUUUUGAUAAUGGGUGCGAAUGAUUCGGCAUAUGGUCCACUUCUCCCAUACCUCGAAAAAUACUAUGAUGUCUCGUACACGAUCGUGUCCCUCGUGUUUUUGUCACCCGCCGUGGGUUAUAUCUCCGCAGCGAUCAUCAACGACCGAGUUCACUGCGCCCUGGGCCGGCGGGGUGUGGCAUUUGUGUCCUCAGCAUGCCAUCUCAUAGCAUAUAUCUUGAAUUGCGUGCACCCACCAUUCCCCGUAUUGGUUGUGGCAUUCAUCUUCGCCGGUCUUGGAAAUGGACUUGCAGACUCAGCAUGGAAUGCAUGGAUUGGAAACCUGGACGACGCAAACCAGCUACUUGGCUUACUUCAUGGCGUCUAUGGCAUAGGGGCUGUGAUCAGUCCUGUCAUCGCAUCAUUUUUGAUUGCUGAUGCAGGUUAUGCGUGGUACUAUUUCUACUACAUCAUGAUUGGUGGCGCUGUGGUCGAACUCUUCUUCACCGUGGCAUGCUUCUGGGACUCGGAUGGAGCUUCGUUCAUGGAGGCAAGAAAGCAAGAGCCCGGUCAUGAUGCUGAAACGGGUGGCUUGCGGAAGAUCCUGUUCACCAUGCCUGCUGCGAGAGUCACUUGGAUCUGCGCAGUCUUCCUUCUUGGGUACGUUGGUAUUGAAGUUGCCGUUGGAGGGUGGAUCGUGUCAUUCAUGCAAAAAGUGCGACAUGCCUCUCCCUUUGACAGCAGUAUGACAUCGACCGGGUUCUGGCUUGGAAUAGCGGUCGGUCGCAUUAUCCUCGGCUUUGUGACUCCUCUGAUUGGAGAGAAGAUUGCGAUCUCGGCCUAUAUAGCGCUCGAAAUCGGAUUUUGCAUUAUAUUAUAUUUGGUGCCCAACUUCUAUGCAGGAGCAAUUGCCGUGUCCCUGCAGGGCUUCUUUUUGGGCCCCUUGUUCCCCGGAGUUGUGGUGGUCACCACAAAACUUUUGCCGAAGCACUUGCACGUCAGUGCCAUUGGAUUCGCUGCGGCGUUUGGAGGCGCUGGCGCUGCUGUCCUUCCUUUCCUCGUCGGUGUUCUCGCAGAAGCUAGAGGUGUUCAAGUCCUUAUGCCGUUCAUUAUAGCCCUCUCGGGUGCUAUCUUGAUUCUGUGGAAUUUCCUCCCGAAGAUGCCCAGGCCUAACCCACCGCUGGCGGAAAGAUCAGCAACAGGGGGUGGCUAUGGCACUUGUUAG